AUGGAUAUAUUGAGUUUUGCGACGAAAUUAAGCGCUGGAAAACACCAUUCAAUACAAAAUGAUGAUGUUUUUAUUGAUCGACUCAAUCAUAGAUAUACAGUAACAAUGAUAUUGGUCUUUGCUGCUAUUGUUACAACUCAACAAUAUUUCGGUUCACCAAUAACAUGUUGGGUACCCGCACAAUUUACUGGUGGUUACGAAAAAUAUGCGAAUGACAUCUGUUGGAUAAUGAAUACGUAUUAUAUUCCUAUGGAAAAUGAUAUUCCACAUUCAGAAACAACACGAAAUGAGCAAAUGUUGAAAUAUUACCAAUGGUCACCAUUUAUUUUAUUGUUUAUGGCGCUUUGUUUUUAUUUUCCACGUAUGCUUUGGAGAUCGUUAAAUAAUAGAUCCGGUUUAGAUAUUGAAAAGUUAGUUGGUGCAGCUUUAAAACAGGAGCAAACGGACCAACAUGAAGAACGACAGAAAAGCAUUGAUUAUAUUACGAAUUCGAUACGUGUCUAUAUUGAAAAUCGGUAUACUUCUCCAGAACAACCCAAUUAUCGUCCGAAAAAUUGCUUACAACGAUUUGUAUAUCCAUUAACAUUUUGGCGUCAUCGUCAUCUAAGUUCAUUUAUAGUUGUAUUAUUUACAUUUGUUAAAUUUUUAUUUCUUCUUAAUUCAUUAGUACAAAUAUUUCUUUUAAAUGCGUUUUUGGGUAAUGAUUAUCAUCUAUUCGGUUUUGAAGUUAUUUCAAAAUUUCUUCGCGGUCUUGAUUGGGGCGAAUCGAAGCGAUUUCCCCGCGUUACAUUAUGUGAUUUUCAUAUACGUGAAAUAGGCAUUACACAUCGAUAUACCGUUCAAUGUGUUUUACCGAUUAAUUUAUUUAAUGAAAAAAUUUUUCUUAUUCUUUGGUUUUGGAUUUUACUAUUAGCAGCUUUUAAUACGGGUGAUUUUAUUGCAUGGUUAGCACGUACUUUGCGUAUUGAUAGUCGUACAGCAUAUGUAAGACGAAAACUAGCCAUGAAUCGUUCUUCGGACAAUGAAUCAACGGAUCAAUUCACUAGUCCAGAACAAAGAAAAUUGAAUGAAAAAGUUCGUAAUAAAGCGUUCGUUCGUGAUUAUUUACAAGAGGAUGGCUGUUUUACACUUCGUCUUCUUGCACGCAAUGGACAAGAUAUAAUUGUUGGAGAAAUCAUUGAUAAAUUAUAUCAACAUUUUUGUACGAUCUACGAGCGCCAACAUGGCAAUGCGGAUCGAACAUUGGCAUUAACUAAAUCUAAUCAGCAUUAUUCAUCGCUACCACCUGUUCAACCACGGCAAUUUGAAAUAUCAAAAAAUGAUGAAGAAAACCGACAUUUAGUCCCACAAAAUAAAGCGUGA